AUGAGCCGGCCACCGCCACUUUUCUUCACUUUCGCAUUCACCCUUCUCCUUCUCGCUAUAAUAUACACAAACUUCUCUUCAAUAACCUCCACAACUACGACCAUGUUUUCACGUUUGUCAAAGUUUCGAGAGAAAGUCCACGAUAAAUUUCAUGCCGGCGGUUCGUCGUCGGCGUACCCCGGUCAACAAGCUCCGCCUAUUCCGGAAAAACCACAUGUACAACACAAACCUCCGCCAAUACCCCCAAAACCAGUGUCAGCCGAGGCAUACGCGAUACUCCGGAAACGAUGGAUGAAUAUUGUAGUCGGUGAUUUCGAUCAUAUUGAUAGCUCGAGUAAAGAGAUUCAAGAUCGGAUGACCAAAAUGUCAACGGCCAUGGACAAGCUUUUGGAGACUUAUAACCCUACUGAUACGCAAGUAUUUAAUAAUUGUGGACCGUUCUGUGCAACAACGGUGCAUUUUAAGAAUACCUGUGGGAGACUGCUAGCUUUGGCUAUUACUUGGGCGACACCGGGGACGCGACGGUAUCAAGAUCCGGAUGUUCUUCAGAAGAUACUUUAUGGCAUUGAUGUCGUUUUUGAGAAUUUCUUUGUGAAAAUGGCGGAUGACAUAAAGAAAUGCAUUGAGACGAGGCAGAAUUGGUGGAAUAUCCAAAUAGGAGCGCCUCAGAACCUCGGCGAUCUAGGUGUAAUCCUCUACCAUCACCUCCAUCCAACGCGACGCCAGGAAAUAGGCGCAAAGAUUGUAGAGCUAGUUGGAAAUCCAUUCAUCCCUAGUCUGAAAGGUGGAAACCGCUCUUGGGUUUCGCGAAUCCUGAUUGUUGCCGGAAUUUUCACGGAUAACGCUACGACUAUCUACACCGGUAUCCGUUGUCUUAGCGCUGAUGGCGGCAGCGACAACGUUCGUAAAAAUACUUUGUUCGGAUACAUAAAGCCUGGCGAUGGCGAAGGGCUAUACAAAGAUGGAAGUCUUAUCUCUCAUGAUGUUUAUCCCUAUGCUGGGGGUUAUGGGUUGAUUAUGUUAGGGUCUCUUGCGAGACUGCUUAAUCUUUUGAAUUCGGAGCAGAGUCCACCUGAGUUUAUGAUUCAAGAUGAACAUCUAGGGAUUAUUUAUCAUUGCGUGGAAAGGAAUUUUAUGCCGGUAGUUUGGCAGGGGAUUAUUUUUGAACAUGUUAGAGGGAGAGGGGUUGCAAGGAGAGAGGGUCCAGGAUGGGAUAACGGCCAUCUCUUAGUCCAUGCCACUGCUCUACUUACCCUAGGCUCACCCUCUUCAUUAACACCUCAUCUCUCCUCUUACGUCCGUCUUUGGCAGUCCACAAACCCCGGUGACAUCUUCCGCGAUGCCGAAAUCCCUCAGAUCUCCACUCUCCAAGCCAUUCUCUCGAAUCCAUCCCUGCCCAUAGCUCCUUCACCAAAAGGCUGUUUCGCAACCCCAAUGCAAGAACACUUCGCCUAUCAUUCCGUAGACGACAACUGGUGUUUCACACUCUCAAUGUCCUCCACACGAAUUGGUAGAGCAGAAACACUAAACAACGAGAAUCUAAAAAGCUGGUAUCAAGGCGAUGGGAUGACUUACCUCUACACUUCCACCCACAAAACACACUAUGGAGACGACUACUGGCCAACGAUGGAUCCACUUCACUGCCCUGGUACUACAAACCACCAAACCCCCAUUCCAUCACCGAUGCCUUACAAAUCUAUGGGUUACAAACCAUGGUCUGGCGGCGUUUGUUGGGCUAGCGGUGGAUGGGGCAAUGGUGUAGCUUAUGGGUCUAACUCUGUUGGGGCACGAUUUGCAGCGAUCAGUAUGGAUCAUUUGGCUCUGGAUAAACACUCCUCAGCGAAGAAAUCGUGGUAUUUGACGGAUAGGGGGGUAUUUGCGUUGGGGGCUUCUGUUAGUUCUGAUAUUCAGCCUGGGACGGAGGUACAUACCACCAUCGAAUCUCGAAACCUUGAUCAACCGGGGAGAAUGGUUGUUAUCAACGGUGAAGAAUAUACAGAUCCUCCUGGUUGGGUUAAGAAGAGCAAUAGAGUCCAUUGGGCCUGGUUGGAGAACACUGGUGGUUAUAUCUUUCUCGACGCCAAGGACCGUACUCCGACUGAAAUGGUUUUCACAAGAGAGAAGAGGUGUGGAUGUUGGAAGGACGUAACUGGUGAUGGGAAACCCGAUGAGAUUUGUAGAGAAUAUGUCAAUAUUGUUGCAAAUCAUGGGGUUAAUCCUAAAGAAGGGAAAUAUGCAUAUGCAGUACUUCCGCUGGCGACUAGAGAGGAGACGGAGUACUUGCAAGCUAAUCCGACAUGGAACGUUAUACGAAAUGAUGGAAAUGCUCAAGCCUUGGAGUAUAGGUUCGAUGAAGGGGAGGUAACAUUCAUUACCUUUUGGAAUAGAGUUGAGGUUAAGGGGAUAAGGGUUGAGGAACGGUGUCAGGUUAUCUGGGGAAGGUGGAAGGGAGAAUGGUGCUUGUCGGUCUCGGACCCACAGCAUCAGAAUAAUUGUAAGGUGGUAGUUGAUGUCGCGAUGAUCAGGGAUCGGGGCUUGAGGGUGGGAAGAAGUGAUGAAGGGGUGACAGUUGAUGGGAGUAAAGUGAUCAUAGAGGGAUUGAAAAACGGGGCGACCAAAAGUGUAUGCUUUUGGGAGCGGGACGAGCUUUAG